AAGUGACCAUUGCCUUUACGCUCUUUCCAAAGCCUCGCUCUCUCCGCCACACAAAACACAAACCCUCUCUUCCUAUUUCUUCGGUCUUCUCUCCCAUCCUUUCGCGUACCCACUCUCUCUUUCACUGCACGGCGAAAGGCGGAGACUCAUCUUAAAAGAUUUAGUAAAAUGGUUGAUCAGGUUCAACAGCCCACAGUUUUUCAGAAGGCCGCUGGCCAGCUCCAUCUUCGUGCUGACCUUUCCACAGAUGUUCGGGGUUAUAAUGGUGGUUUCCAUCGGUCAGCUCUGUACCAAAGGCAUGCCACAUUCGGGAACUACUCUAACGCAGCAUUUCAGUAUCCCACUAUGCCAGCAUGUAGAGCUACCACUGAUCUAUCUGUUGCUUCCCCAAUUUUUGUCCCAGCCGCUUCAGAGAAACCAAAAGGAAACUUUCUCAUUGAUUUCCUUAUGGGUGGAGUCUCUGCUGCUGUAUCCAAAACAGCUGCUGCUCCAAUUGAGCGAGUCAAACUUCUGAUCCAGAACCAGGAUGAGAUGAUCAAAACUGGGAGGCUGUCUGAACCAUACAAGGGUAUUGGUGAUUGUUUCAAGCGAACAAUUAAAGAGGAGGGUUUUGGAUCAUUAUGGAGAGGUAACACUGCUAAUGUCAUCCGUUACUUCCCUACUCAGGCCUUGAACUUUGCAUUCAAGGAUUACUUCAAGAGGCUUUUCAACUUCAAGAAAGACAAGGAUGGUUACUGGAAAUGGUUUGCCGGUAACUUGGGAUCAGGUGGUGCUGCUGGUGCUUCAUCCCUUCUCUUCGUUUACUCCCUAGACUAUGCUCGAACCCGUCUGGCCAAUGAUGCAAAGGCAGCGAAAAAGGGAGGAGAAAGGCAAUUUAAUGGGCUGGUUGAUGUCUACAGAAAGACAUUGAAAUCCGAUGGUCUUGCUGGUCUCUACCGUGGAUUCAACAUUUCAUGUGUUGGUAUCAUUGUGUACCGCGGUCUUUACUUCGGAAUGUAUGAUUCAUUGAAGCCUGUUGUCCUUACCGAAGGUUUGCAGGAUAGCUUCUUUGCUAGCUUUGCCCUCGGUUGGCUCAUAACCAAUGGUGCUGGUCUUGCAUCCUAUCCUAUUGACACUGUUCGUAGAAGAAUGAUGAUGACCUCUGGUGAAGCUGUCAAGUACAAGAGCUCACUGGAUGCGUUUUCUCAGAUCCUGAAGAAUGAGGGUCCCAAGUCUCUCUUCAAGGGUGCUGGUGCAAACAUCCUCCGCGCAGUUGCUGGUGCUGGUGUCCUUGCUGGUUAUGACAAGUUACAGCUGAUUAUGUUCGGGAAGAAAUACGGAUCUGGUGGUGCUUAAUCAAGGGUAUACAUACCUGCCUGUGCUGUUUAGCUUUAGAUGGUGAUGAAAAUCUUUUUGAGUUCCAAGAACUUAUUCCGGCAAAGUUUUGUUCAAAUAAUUCAGAUUUAGAGGGAGUCAAUGAAUCCCAAACCCAAUUUUAGUUUUGGAUGGAUUUUGAUCCUACAUAACCUGAUUUAUCGGGGUGGCUAUCAAUGCCCCUGUUA